AUAUAUAUAUAUAUACGCACACACUCUUUUCCUGGCUUCUCUCUGUAAAGCGAUAAGCGAUGGCGAGAAGACCGGACGAAGAGUACGAUUACUUGUUCAAAGUGGUUCUGAUCGGUGAUUCAGGUGUCGGAAAGUCCAAUCUCCUCUCUCGAUUCACCCGCAACGAGUUCUGUUUGGACUCCAAAUCCACCAUCGGUGUCGAGUUCGCAACUCGCACUCUCCAGGUCGAGGGAAGGACCGUGAAAGCUCAGAUAUGGGACACAGCAGGUCAAGAGCGAUACAGAGCCAUAACGAACGCUUAUUACAGAGGCUCUCUUGGAGCUCUCGUGGUCUACGACGUCACAAAACCGAAAACCUUUGAGAAUGUCAGCCGAUGGCUCAAAGAACUCAGAAACCACUCGGGUUCGAACAGCGUGAUCAUGCUGAUUGGGAACAAAACCGAUCUGAAACAUCUCAGGGCCGUAACCACGGAGGAUGCUCAGAGGUAUGCGGAGAAAGAAGGCUUGUCUUUGGUCGAGACAUCGGCCCUCGAAGCAACAAACGUCGAGAAGGCUUUCCAGACGAUUCUCUCGGAGAUUUACAGGAUCAUGAGCAAGAAAUCGAUAUCGUCGGAUCAGACAGCUGCAGAAGCUGUCUCCAAUGUCAAGGAAGGGCAAACCAUCGAUGUCUCUGCUUCUUCUGAAGCAAAACUCAAGAAGCCUUGUUGUUCAUCGUCUUGAAAACAUAGGUUAGGUUAGCUCUCUCCCUCUCUAUAAUACCAAUCAUCAUAUCAAUCUUCGUUUUCAUACAGUGUACUUUUCUCACAUUGACAAUGGGUAUGAUCCCUCGUUAAAAAGA